CACGUUAUUAAUGACCUCACUUGAGACCUCUGACAUGCGCUUGAAACACAUUUUCAAAUAGUUUAGCUGGAAAACAUGAAAAACUAGUAUUUUUGUGUCGCCUCGGACAGCCAGUGCGCACGCGCCGAAUGCGUCGACGUCAAGUGCAUGUGAUAAUGAUUGGGGAGAAGGCACGUGCACAGUAUCUACCGCGCGGUCGUCCACCUGUUCGAGCGUAGCUGACAAAACAUUUAGCUUCAUACGUUGGAAGUUUGCGUGAAAUUUAUUUCCGAGUCUGUGAAUCAGCCUUUAAAAUAACCAGUUAGUGAUAGUCACCACAGGCAACUCGGACAGACAUGGACUUUUUUCUGUCUUUCCUUAUAGGAAAUAAAACCAGCUUCAUUACAGCGAGCUGGUGGGGUUAUCUGCAUUAACAGAACCCUCUUAUAAGCUGCUGACAACUUUGUAGGCUGUAGGAAACAAAUGGUGGACACAGCAGUUGGUCCUGUUUAUGGUCUGCUGUCCUCCUGGUAUCUAACCCUGCCGGACUGCUUCUUCUUCUGCAGGAUGACUGCUCCCCAAGGUUACCUGCUUCAAAAGUGUCUCAGGUGCCUAAAGACAGACCGUGAUGAGGAACAUAGAAGCUCAAGCUCCCGCAUGAAGUGCCUGAAAUCAAAAAAUCCUAUGAGUGGAACAAAGGGCUUAAAGGACAGCACAGAGGCUCUUAUCGUGUCAGCACAAGUGUCCCUAAACACCAAAUCCACAGUGGGAGAAGUCUGCCACAGCCGACAGGGCCCAAGCUGCAGACUGCCACAGUGGGAGAAGCCACUAAAGCUGGUUGAGAACAGCAGGGCUCCUGUGGGACUGCCAGUUCCAGGCAGACGAGCAGCUGCCGGUAAACCAUAUAACCAUAGCGGUGUGUGACAAGGAACAGAAAACCACAGUUGUGAUAGCCUGGCAAUCCCCAGUGGACGGCAACAUCAAGAAGAAAGGGCACAUAAAACAAAGAAGUACCAGGGGCUGAAGAAACAGCUGGAGCUGAUGUGAAAGCUAAAGUUGAAAGUGGUCCCAGUGAUAAUGGGAGCAUUAGGAGCUGUAACCCAGAGUUGCAGCAGAUUCCAGGAACAACAUCUCGACGUCAGAGCUCCAUGUGGAAGAGUGCAGUCUUGGGAUAACUCUCCUCUGGAAAUGACCAACAUAAAGUCCAAAUCGCAGAGCCGGAGCGAUGACGCCGAGGGCCCGGAUGGAGGCUGGGGCUGGGUGCUGGUUGUCGCCAUGUUUGUCAGCUCGAGCCUCGUGUUCGGCCUGAUGCGGAGCCUGGGGAUCUUCUUUGUGGAGUUCGUUCAGUACUUCGAGGAGAGCGCCCAGGCCAUCUCCUGGAUCUCGUCCACUGGCCUGGCAGCUCAGCAGUUCUUCAGUCCACUGGCCGCUGCACUGUGUAAUGCUUACAAUCCCAGAGUGGUGGUGAUGACGGGAGGCUUUCUGGCCGGGCUCGGCCUCACACUUGCCUCGCAGUCCACCUGUCUCGUACACCUCUACCUCACGAUGGGAGUAAUUUCAGGUUUUGGAUGGGGGAUGGUCUUCACUCCCAUGGUGGCCACAGUCAUGGCUAAUUUCACUCGCCGGCGUGCCCUGGCUCUGGGACUGGGGUUCUCCAGCAUCGGCCUCUCCUCCUUCGCUUUCAACCCGCUCUUUCAGCUGCUGGUGGAGACGUACGCCUGGCGAGGGGCCCUGCUGAUCCUUGGGGGUCUCAGCCUCAACAUUGUACCCUGCGGGGCGCUGAUCCGUCCGCAGCGGCGCUCUAAAGCACCGGCAAAGGUGGAUUCAGAGACAAAGUCAUGUGCGUCCAUACUGCGGCGCAUCGCUUCUUACCUGGAGCUGUCCCUGCUCACCGAGAGGCCCUAUCUCACCUACACUUUGGGCGUUACUCUGUUUAACGUCGGCUACUUCGUGCCUUACUUCCACCUGGUGGCCCACAGUCGCCAAGUUGGCUUCUCAGAGUACCAAGCUGCCUUCGUUAUGUCAGCUGCAGGUGCUUCGGAUAUUUUGGGGCGCAUAGUGUCGGGCUGGUUCUCCGACCUGGGCCACUUUCGGGUUGUUCAUUUACUGACCUUGUGGACAGGCCUAGCAGGAGUGUUUAUCAUGCUGCUGCCGGUGAGCUCCAUGUCUGGCUCUUACACCGCUCUGAUGGUGAUCAGCCUGCUUUAUGGCUUCUGCUCUGGGGCUUUGACCUCUGUGGUUUUUGCGGUGUUGCCCAUGAUUGUGGGCGUGGAGCGCACGAUGGGGGCACUCGGACUGCUGCAGCUCAUCGAGAGUGGUGCGGGACUUCUGGGGACUCCUUUGUCAGGAUUCCUGAAGGACGUCACAGGAAACUACAUCGCCUCCUUCAUGGUGGCCGGCUCCUUCCUCCUCCUCGGUAUGCUGACCAUGACCACCCUGCCUCGCUUUUUCUCCUGUACUGAUCCAGCGCCUCCUCAAAGACGUUCCCUCGAUGCCAAAGAGAAAGUUUUGGAUUUAGAGCUGGAGCAGAUGAAUAGUUCGCCCUCUGACAAAAAACACACAGUGGAGUCGAAUGAUCUAGAAAACUCAAAACUCUGUUAGUAGAUAGAGCCUUGCACAUUCUGAGCACACAAUCAAAAUGCAUCCUGUUGCACACCUCCCUGAGCAACGAUGUAUUCAUGUCAUACCUCAGAGACUCAGUGAAAGCUGAAGCUUCCUGUGAAACUCGUAGCAGCUGUAAGGGAGCAGCAAGCUCCUCGCUCUGUUACAAAUAUGAGCCUCGGUUUAACGCUGGAGCCACAACCUUCUGCCUUAAAGGAAACUGGACAUGUUUUUUUAAUAAUUCACGUGACUGUUUUUACAUGCAAAGUGAGGUGCUGUUUUUUAAUUAAUCAAUUUUUAUUAUUAUUUUCUUUUGUUCAUGUGAACAUGAAAUACGAGUCUGAUUCUUCUGCCGAAGACUGGCCAGCAUCUUUUAUAUUUGCACAGCUCGAAAAUUAAGCAAAUGCUUAAUCAUCACAAACUCAGUUAAAAUUCAGGAACGUCGGUCUGUGCUGUCAAGAAGCAUAAACCACUGAGUCCAUUUCACCUGCUUUGAUACAAAUGAAAUCAUGCUCUCAUUUUCCCUCCUGACCGAUUUUUUUUGCUAGUGUCAUUGUUGGUAGAACGAGUGAGCACCUGCAGCCAGUUCAGCUUCCACAGGAGGUUUGCAGAGUCCCCCAGCACAGUCUGAAGGGAGAUACCAGGAGACAGGCUGUUACUUGAGGAGAGCUGAAGGCGAGCACUGCCAGAGCUACAAAAAUGACCUAAUUUAUGACAAGGAAAUAAGCAAAAGGCAACACUAGAGAAAAGUCAGGAGGGAAAGAGCAGUGGUCCUUUUUGUAUGGGGUUGUUUCCUCUGCAGUGCAUCUGUCAUCACUUUGAUUUGUAUUAGAGCAGGUGAAAUGAUUCAGUGGUUUCUCCUUCCUCUCUGGACAAAUGGAUAGAACUGAACUUUACCUGAAUUUGUGUUAUACACCAGGUCGCGUGUUCCCCUCAUUUAUUUUUUUGUGGCGAUACUCUCCAAAAAGUGAGUCACUUUUAUUUUAAUUUACUUUUACUCCUGCUGUUUGUGCUCUGUGUGUGCGCGCCAUCAUUGCAUACACACUUUUACUAGCUUGGCAUGGCUGGACUAAUGUGUGAAACAUUAGCUCUCAGACCUGAUCUGCACGUGACAGUGUUUUAAUUCAGAGAAACCCAGUAAAUUGAAUUUAACACCAGUGGUACACUGGUUUUGGUCCAGUUGCUGACAGGUCCUGUCAAAGCUUUUUCAAGGUUAUUAUUCUUAAUACUAAACCUAUGCAUGGCAAAAACUUGCAUCACCUCAGUCUGAGAAGCAGCCUCCACAUUAAGGCUGAAGUCUAAAAUUAUUCUGAAACUGAUUAAAAAAAACCUAAACUAACACUUUUUAAACAAGAAAUUAAACAAAAUAAAUUUCAGUUCAUUGAAAACGAUAUAAAAGAAAAUCAAGUAAAACUAAUGGUAAGUAAAACUCUACAAUACAUGUGUGUUUUGGACUUUUCAUAUUCUUAACCCUGUCAUGCCAAGUGUAUCACACAUGAGCUGAUGUAUGAGUUUUUAUGAGUAACAAUUCUAUGUUGUCGUCAUCAUCAAAAGCUGUUGCACAGUACAUUUUUAAGCUAUAAGAUGCAAAAAUUCCCAAAUGUAGCAACUAUAGUACAAAUUUUGUAUUUAAUUAAUUAAAGCUUUUUGUAAGGUUCAAUACCGGUAAGCUCUCGAUUUCCAAAAAAUAUGAUUUUCUAGCAAUUAUUUUGUGGUUCGAGCAUUAAAGGGUCAGAUUUUUAAAGUUCUUAGGACAUGCGAUAUCUCACAAUCAUAUGAGCCUCUGCUGGCUCAAAGAUGGCAUGGAUGGAGGUAAACCACAGUGCCAGCUGGUCUGGUUAAAAAAACGUGUAUUUUAGAUGUUCACUGGAUUAUGACGCUUCAAAUUUAAAGGCGUGUUAAACACACAUACACGCUCCAAAAUUAGGAGAACAAAUUUAACGACUGCAGUGGCUGUCUUUUCAGGUCGGCGCUGAUGAUGAUUUACUGCUGCCUGCAAAUGCCUGAUAUAUGGUUGUAAUCUGUUGAAGCGGAUGUUUGGAUAUAAAAACUGCAGCAUGUCCUCGCUGUUAACACUGAUUUAUUAUGAGCUCGGCUAAGUGAGCUGCUGGUGUCGACUCUGAGCCUCAGGAAUUCCUCUUCCCACCGCUGCGUUUUGUUGCACAGCAGGAACACAAGACUGUGUUUUCUCAGUUGCAUUUUCCUGAUGACGCCGUCACUUUUUUUUUCCUCGAGCACUUUGUACUUCUGCUGACCGUAAACUAGAGCAGUCUUUGUAAACCAGACAUGUUUGGUUUGGAGAGCAGCUGGAUGGUUGCCGUGUUUGAAAGAAGAGCAUGACUGGAUCACUGUGACCUGCUGAUCAUUAGCACACUUACUUUAAAGGUGUUGCAAUCCAAAAAGCAGGUGGUCUGUGCUGAACAGCUUCUUCUUAGUGUGUUCUUCCUUAAGUCUGUGACUCUGGAGUAAAUUUACCUUGUCAGUUACCUGCAAACUGUCAGGGAUUGUCUUUUUUAUUAUUAUUUUUAAAGCAAACGUGUAUUUUCUUUCAGUUUAUUUCAGUCUUUUCCUUACCAGACAGAUCUUCACAGAGAUUUUCAUCUAAAACGGCUGCAGGAUGAUGGCGCCCUCUGCUGGGCUUUUGACAGAGAUACAAACCGUAUUAAACUUCUUUAAAGGGACCCUCUUAUGCUUUUCUUUAUUUUCUCUCAUAUACUGUCACAAUGUUGUGUGCUUAUAUUAAAGAUGGCUGCGUACUCGCUGCUA